AUGGCCGCACUCCUCUCCACCUCUGCCCGCAUCGCCCUGCGCUCGGGAGCUUCGGCUUCCUUUAAGUCCGGAGCUGCGGGCUUGACUUUUGCCCGCGGCAAGGCUACUCUGCCUGACCUGUCCUACGACUAUGGCGCACUUGAGCCCUCCAUCUCCGGCAAGAUUAUGGAGAUCCACCACAAGAACCACCACAACACUUAUGUCACCAACUACAACAACGCCAUUGAGCAGCUCCAGGAAGCCCAGGCCAAGGGUGACAUCUCUGCCCAGAUUGCCCUGAAGCCUGCGAUCAACUUCAACGGCGGUGGUCACCUGAACCACUCUCUAUUCUGGGAGAACCUGGCUCCCAAGAGCGCCGGCGGUGGUGAGCCUCCUUCCGGCUCCAUCGCCCAGGCCAUCGACACCACCUACGGUAGCCUCGAUGAGUUCAAGAACAAGUUCAACACCGCGUUGGCUGGCAUUCAGGGCAGUGGCUGGGCCUGGCUUGUCAAGGACAAGCAGACCGGCCAGAUCGGUAUCCGCACCUACGCCAACCAGGACCCCGUUGUUGGUCAGUUCCAGCCUCUUCUCGGUAUUGACGCCUGGGAGCACGCCUACUACCUUCAAUACCAGAACCGCAAGGCCGAGUAUUUCAAGGCCAUCUGGGAGGUCAUCAACUGGAAGGCUGUUGAGAAGCGCUUCUCUUAA